ACCCACCUUUCCCCUCCUCCCUCCCGCGGCUCGCGUCCGGCCCGACGCCGCCGCACGCCUCCACGCCAGGGCCCCGCCUCCUCCUCGCCAGGGGGACGUCGCGCCGCGCCGGGGAGGCCUCGCUCGGGGGGAGGGCUGGUCGGUCGGUCGCCCGUCGGCGCUGCGGCCCGUACAGGCGGAGGCCGGGGGGAGCUUGAUCUAGGGCUCUUGCCUGCCCCCCUGCGGCGGCGGGAUGUACGUGCCGCCGCUGCCCGGCGGCGCCGGCGGCCGCGACGAUGCGCCCGCCGGCGAGCAGCCUAGGGUUUACCAGGUCUGGCGGGGAAGCAACGAAUUCUUCUUGCAGGGAAGAUUCAUAUUUGGGCCUGAUGUGAGAUCUGUGUUUCUCACUAUGUUCCUCAUCAUUGCGCCAGUGGUUACCUUCUGUGUGUUUGUUGCAAGGCAUCUCAUGAAUGAUUUCCCCGAUAGCUGGGGCAUCUCAGUGAUGGUAGUAGCAGUUGUCUUCACCGUUUAUGAUUUGACGCUGCUUCUUUGUACCUCUGGUAGAGAUCCUGGUAUAAUACCUCGUAAUACUCAUCCUCCUGAACCUGAAUCCAUUGAUGGGAUCAAUGAUUCGGGAGGUCAGACUCCACAACAAUUUCGUUUGCCUCGCACAAAGGAAGUUAUUGUAAAUGGAAUCAGUGUAAGGGUCAAAUACUGUGAUACCUGCAUGCUGUACCGACCACCUCGAUGCUCACACUGUUCUAUUUGCAAUAACUGUGUGGAAAGAUUUGAUCAUCACUGCCCAUGGGUCGGCCAGUGCAUAGGACUGCGCAAUUACCGGUUCUUCUAUAUGUUUGUAUUCUCGACCACAUUACUCUGCCUGUAUGUAUUUGCCUUCUGUUGGGUGUAUGUGAUCAAGAUUAGAAAUGCUGAACAAUUGUCAAUUUGGAAGGCCUUGGCAAAGACACCAGCUUCAAUUGUUCUAAUUAUCUACUGCUUUCUUUGUGUAUGGUUUGUCGGUGGUCUGUCUGUCUUCCAUUUAUAUUUGAUGAGCACCAACCAGACAACAUAUGAGAAUUUCAGGUAUCGCUACGACCGGCGUGAUAACCCAUAUAAUAGAGGUAUUCUGAACAACUUCCUAGAGAUAUUCUGCACUGCUAUCCCCCCUUCGAAGAACAAUUUCCGGGCAAGGGUCACACUAGAGCAAGGGUUGCAACAAACACGCUCGCAGUCUAGAAGUUUCAUGAGCCCAAACUUGGGCAAGCCUAUUGGAGAUCUUGAAAUGGGCAGGAAGCCAGUGCCUUGGGAUGAGCCAAGGACAGCAGCUGAUAUCAGGGACUUGGAAGCAGGCCUUGAGGGCAUGUUUGACGAGAAAGAGGGCAGAAUAGCCCAUGCAUCCCCAGAUCUGAGCAGAGAUGAACUUCCAGCGGAGUUUGUGGAAGGCCGAGCUGGCAUGCAUUCGAGGCAGUCAAGCAGGGUUCACAGAGCAUCAGAUGAAGUGGAAGCCAUGGCUGUGCAAAUGGCUACCGCACGCGCAGAAGCUAAUGGAGGUAACAACGUUGCCUGGAAUGGCCCGCAAUAGCCAUAAAAAAAAAUACUUGCGUGUUUCAAUUGUGCAUGGAGUGGGUGUCGUGAUCAUGUCUCAAAGAGAACUGCCAUGUGUUUUCCACGUUGUGCCAGGCAACGCCCUGGAUUGGUGUAACUGUGAACGCGCUUGGUGUUGUGUCUGCCUGGUAGAGCAUCAGAGCCCUGCUGUGUUUUUUGUUUGUUUGGUUGGUUGGUGUUUUAAGGAAGUAGCCGACGAGCUUAAGCUCCCGCCUGGUUUGGAUGAUGUAUUUGUAUAUAACUAAAAUUAUCAGGUUGCAACAGAUGCUGUGUUUGGUUUGCCA